ACCACCACCCCCCGCAUCUGCACCACCACCAUUGCCACCGACACCUCCCCCUCCUUCUAUUUCAUCGCCUCCACCACCACCACCACCACCACCUCCUCCUCCUCCUCCACCACCAUGUAUAUCUGUUUCUACUUCUUAUGUACAGUCUGCCCAUAUCAUGCCAGGUUAUGAUCCCACAACUGAAGAUUAUACAGACAUUGAUGGUGAAGAGAUGAUAGAAGAUGAUGAAUCACGCAGUAGCUCAACUGUACUAUCACAUGCUGAACUGUAUGCAGAUGAUAGUGCCUAUAUGCAUGGUGGUGGUCUUCCUCUCAUAUGCCCUUUAAAUGCUGUUGUUGAAUAUGGACCAAUGCCAUAUGUAGCAGAUCCUGUGGUUCCAGCAGCACAUGUCAUUGAGAAACCACCAGAAAAGACUUCUCUACAUGCAGAAAUUGAUUCAUUCUAUUCAGACCUGGCAUCUCUUGAACAAACAGCAGUUACAGCAUCGUCUGAAAAACACCAAAUUGGUGAGCAUACAGGUGCAGCCAGUGAGACUGAAAAGGAAUCAAUGAUAGCCCCUGCCACAAUAGAACUAAGUUCUAGUGCCAAUAGCAAUGUUGGUGGUCUUACUGGUAGCACAGCAUAUCAAAAAGUAUCUGCCCACAUUGAAGGAAAAACGUCAGAGGCGCCUAUAGGAGAAGUACGAAAGAAGAAAAAGCCAAAAUUAGCACCAGGAUUGUCACUAAAGAAGAAAGAUGUGUCGUCACUAGUGGCUAAAUGGCAGAAACUUCAGGAGGAAGUUAGAAGAGACUAUAAAAAGCUUGGUGAUGAACUCAAAGAUAAAUAGCAGAUGUUCUGUGCCUAAUUUUGUCAUGGACUACUAAAAUGUUAAACAGGGAGCAUUUAUAACAAAAUUCGCAAAUAACUGAAUUGUUAUAUAUUGUUACAAACUGUGCCAAUUUGCUUGAAUAUCAAACUGUUCUCAUUUGAUGUGAAAAUUUUCUGAGACAAUUUGAUACCCAAGUAAAUUUAUUUUUAAAAAAUAAUAUACUGUGAUAUUUUACUUGUCUGUUAGUUACUCAGGUUGUAUUAUUGACUGUACCAUACAGCAUUUUCUUAAGAUUUAUUUGUUACUUUAUUAUAAUAAAACCAAGAAGGAUAAUUAUAAAUGAGUGUUUGAAUGAAGCUAUGCAGUGUUUGACAAAAGAAUGAGUAGAUGGUAUUGUCGUCAGAAAGUUGCUGCACAUGCCAAGAUUUUAUCAGUGUACUGUGUAAUUAUGUGCCCAUACGUCAUCACCAAGUGACAUAUCCUACAGAUAAUGAACCUUCAGUACAAGAUUUCUCCUGUGUCAUGAACAAUUGCUAAGCUGUACUUUGUUGUCGUUUUUCUUUAUUUGAAAAUAAUGUCUUACAUGUCAGUUCAAAGAUUUUUUUUAAAGAAAGUAGAUUCAUGCUUUGGAAAAUUUCACACUUAGCCAUUCAUUCUUCUUUAAUGUAGGGUACACUUUUGCAGUUCUCUCAUAUUUUUAACCACUCUGUAAAUACAAAAUGUGUUGUGGGCUGUACUGACAGGCCUUCUGAACACCCACCUAGCAGUGUCUCAUAGUGGUUAAGGAUCUAGAUUCAAAGUUUAUGAGAAGUGACAUUAAAAUGUCAUCUGGGCAGUCAGAUUUAGGUAUUCUGUGAUUUUCAUAAAUCGCUUCAGGUGAGCACUGUGAUAUUUCCUUUGAAAAGUAUAUUGUAAUUAUCCAUUCCCAUCCUUGUGCUCUCCCCCUGCUCUUAUUCGUUAUCUAGGCUUUUACCCCAUCUCUAAUAAACUUAUUGCAGAUGGGAGGUUAAAUAAUCCCAGACUUUCUUGAUUACUGUUGAUCUAGUAUGCCAUUUCUCAGCUGGAGAUGUACUCCUCAGAUGGUAUUAUACUUACUGCUUCAGUGCUGGUGUAAAACACUAUAUGACAGCAUUAUGUUUUCUUAUCAGGCAACUCAUCUCUAACAGUCAAAUAGAACACAUUCUAUGACAUAGGAAUACAUCCACAGAAAUGUUAACUGCAAAUUGAAGUAUCACAGACUACUUUUAUUUAAUAACAUUGGGUAUUUCAAGAGACUGUGAACAGCAAAAGUAAUGCCCAUUUUUGUUGAACUUUUACUUUAAUUCUUCACAAGUCUCUGCAUAGUUUUCAUCUCCAUUCAUUGAAUAAUGAGACAAAAAUAUCUUUAGAUUUCGUCACAAAUUUCACAUUUUACAUACUUAGUCUUGAUAGAAAAUAAAUUAUGUAAUUAAUAAAUCCUGUGACGAACUUUAUCUUCUUUAGGGUAAGAAUUUGACAUGUAACUUGACUUCAUGUGAUCAAGGCAAAGAUAGGAAUUGGGGAAGGGGGAUGGGAGGGGGGAAUUCUUCAUUUGCGCAACAGUAGUAGUAUUUUACAUGGUGUAAUAGGUCUCGUUUCCUUUAUCUUGUAGAGAUUACCAUUGUAUUCCAUGAGAGUUUUCCAAAUUAAGAAUUCCUUUAUUCAGUUUUCUUUGGACUACAAUGGAUGCAUUAUGAAAAUUCAGAGUGUAAAAAUGAUUUGACAACAGGAGACUGGCAACAGUUCACAUAUAAUACAUAUUCUGGCACACCUUUAUUGAUAUUUUAUUGGUGUUUCAUUAGUGUUGUAUAUAAUGCAUACUAUAACAGUCACAAUAUCCACAUUUAGUUCUGUCUUGCCCACAUCCUGUUCAAUCCCCAUGAUAGAACUCUCAUAUUUUGUUAUGUGCUCCAGAGCACCAUUACAGAACUCUUUUUGAUACAAUGACACACUUCUGUUUGAUUUAAAAAUUGUUUCUAGUAGUACAGUGUUGUCAGUGCAAAAAUUAUGUUAUACAGAACAUUGUGUUGUAAAUGUAUUCAUGUACAGUCAUGAACUUCAAGCCCUCUCAAGCAAUAUUUGUCAUACAUUGAUUCCAGAAAGGGCAUUUUCUAUAAUAUCCUUACAUAGAUAAUGAUUAUGGUUUUUAUGCCAUAACAGCGAUACUUUUUGUGGCCAAAAGUUUCAUUCAAGCUGUAGAAACUCUAUACCUAUUUUCAUUUAUGGAUUUCGUACUUCCUGUUCCAUGACCUUUUUUGGUAUUGUUGUCUCAUAAAUGGCACUGAUGACCAGGAGUCCCCACAUGGGGAAGUUCAGCCGCCGAGUUGCAAAUUGUUUCAGUUGAUGCCACAUUGGACGACUUGCAUGUUGUUGAUGAUGAUGAAAUGAUGAUAAGUAUGAGCCAACAUCCAUUCCCCGAAUGGAGAAAAUCUUCGACCUGACCAGAAAUCCAACCUAUGCCGACUGUGUGGCAGUCAGAUGUGCAGACCACUCAGCUAAGGAGGUGGAUAUUGUAUCAUAAACAUUAUUUGUAUGCUGUUGUGAUUAUUGUAAUUUACCUAUUUAUUUAUUUUAAUUGUGUAGCUAAGCAUUCUUUCCCAUCUGUUUUGCUUAAUUUUGCUUAAUCUCGACAAGAAAGUUCUGAAGUCUGUGUACUCAUACUGUUUUCAAAACCUUAUGCCAUUAUCAUUCUUUCUAACUGAAAUUAAUUGGCAUUUGUGUGUCAAGGAUUUAUCAUCCAUAAAUAGGUGCGGCUUUCAUUUUACCUGCUAUAUGUAGCUUUUGCAAUUUGUGUUCACUAUAUUCUGAGUCUUUUUCUUUGUUUUAAUAAACCAGUAACUCAGGAUAAAUUUACAGAUGUAGUGUUAUCUGUAGAAGGAACAUAGUGAACUUGUGCUCAGUGUACUAGUCACUACUUUUCCUUCAGAUGUCUGCUUGGUUGUCAUCACUCUGUUCCAAACCUCUCAUGUAGACAUGACUUGAAAGUACAGAUGAUCAAGCACAAGAUUCUUUGUGUGUCAGACAGUGAUGCUGACGUGGCUACAGGUGAGGGCUUAAAAUUGCCUACCUUGAAAUAGUGAAAGAUGAUGAUGAUGAUGAUGUCAUUUUGUGGAUGUAUAAUUCUGUACUUCAGAGGGAUAGCCAGAGCAACCUCAUAUUUUAUUUGUUGUUAUCAGUGCUUCUAGGUACAUAAUUUGUGAAGGCUACUGAAGACUCUCUUUGAAAUCCUAUUUUUCCUUGCAAUUGCAUACACUGUUCAUUUAAUUAGAGAUUGUGGACACUAGUGUUUGUGUUGAUUGGUAGUCUGUGUUGCUGAUUGUGUUUAUGGGUUGAGUUUUACAUAAAAUAAAAGUGAUGUAAGCCAUGUAAAUAGCACCAAUUGUGAAGAUGUGGCUGUGUCACACAUUUUUUACGUUUCUCAUGAUUUAGAAGAGUUUAUGUUAUGAUUUUAAGAAGUAUUAUCAAAGGCUGCCAGUUGUCUUUGUAUUUAAAAUAUGCUCCUCUAUUUGUGCACUCAGUAUACUGCACACUGCGGAGUUGUUAUUCCUGUCCCUCUGCUAAUAUUACGUAACCAUUCAUAUCUUCUGUGGGAAAAAAUACAGGUUUCUUUUAGGCAAAUUCACUGUCAAUUCGUUUCCAUAAAAUCAUUUAUCUGCUAGACAUUUGAGGUCUUCAUUUUGUUAAAACCAAUUAGGGCUUCUUUCUGAGUCUGAUUUUAGUGGAAGUUGCUGCCACACUAGUGUGUAAAAAAUUUCAUCUCACUUGUAUAUUUGUUCAUUGUGAACUGCUUCCAUUAUCAUUUUAUUCCUGCAGGCACCACAUCAGUGAUAACUGGGAUUAAAACUGUGAUUGCUUCAAUAACCACCUCCACUUUCAUUGGUGUAGUCUUAAUCUCCACAGUUGCUUUCAGAUUGGUAUCAUUUAAUUUUCAGGUGGUAUGUAUGACAUAUUGCAUCACAGCUGUUACUGUGACUCAUAUUAUAUACUAAUAAAGACCGUCUGAAAAUGAAACAGUGCCAUUAUGUAAGUGACAAUGGGUAUAAGGAAGAUACCAAAGAUGUUAAGACGUGGUUAUGGAAACAACCUCAAUUUUAAACCUAUUUUUAUGUAUUACAUGUGCGGUUUUUCUGUAGGUGCGUGUAACUGUGUUUUAGGGAGUCAGAUUGGUGUAAGAGCUCACAUUGGCCAAAUUUGCAAUAAUGUUUACAUACAUUAGUGGGGCACAGUGACCUAAAUACCUCUUAGGUAUGAAACUUUCUGGCAGAUUAAAACUGUGUGCCAGACCAAAACUCAAACUCGAGACCUUUGCCUUUCGCGGAUAGUGCACUAUCGACUGAGCUACCCGAGCACGACUCACGCCCUGUCCUCACAGCAUCACUUCUCCCAGCAUCUCGUCUCCUACCUUCCAAACUUCAUGGAAGCUCUUCUGCAAACCUUGCAGAACUAGCACUCCUGGAAGAAAGGAUAUUGCGGAGACAUGGAUUUGCCACAACCUGGGGGAUGUUUCCAGAAUGAAAUUUUCACUCUGCAGUGGAGUGUGCGCUGAUAUGAAACUUCCUGGCAGAUUACAACUGUGUGCCAGACCGAGACUCGAACUCUGGACCUUUGCCCAUGAAAGGCAAUAGGUAGACUUGCACAAAAGAAAUUCCUUGAUUUGCAUUUUUGGAUAUGUGGUUAUUCAGCUUCCUAAUAUGCUUUUUGAUAAGUAACAUGUUUAUCUGCAAAAUAAUUGUUAAUUAUUGAACUUAUCUAAACUAUAAUUUAUCAAUCCACAUAAUUAUCUAUGUGGCCUGUGGUCUUCUACUGGAAUACACUGUUUGGAGAUUGUAUAAAGGGCACAGAGAACCUACUUAAUCAUAUAAAAAGGAAAAAUACAUUCAGAAAUUUAUUACAUCUAAAAAGAGAGAAUAUAGGCUGGCCUGCACUUAACUUCAGGAAAUGUAACUCACUCUAUAAUCAGUAGACACAUUUGAAAAUAAGUAAUCACUAAUCCCGGCUUUCUGAAAAACAAGUUCAUUUUUCAGAACAGAAUAGAGGAGAUAGUUUGGGGAGGUUGGCGAGAGGAUCAACACACUCAGAACCCUGGGUAGCAGAAAACCACCUUACAUUUGGAGGGAAGAAGGGAAAGAUCUACUAUUGCAUUUUCUGAGAAGGUUUAUAACAACAAUUUGUGCAGUGAUUUGAAGUUGCAUACCUAAAGCUCCUACACUGUAUAAUCUGUAGCAAUACAGUUUCACUGUAAAUAAAUUUUAUUUACUAUACCUGAGUAAACUAGUAGCAACAGUGGCAGCAUAAUAUUGCAAUUCCUAUAAUUUAUCAGAUACUUUUUUAUUGAAGCAUUCAAAAUUGCAAAACUUUCAAUGAUUAUUAAUGAUUUCACUAUCAUAGCUGCAUCCAGUUCACAGUGUGUAAUAAAAACAAUGCUACAGUAUUAGUACUGAAUGGUAACUAACUUUCUGAUAUGUUACAUAGCGCAAUGUAUGGACAUAUUUUAAUGAUGUGAUUGGAAGCAACUUUGAAAAUCAUUUUGAAUUGGUAUAUUACAAUUGAAGUCCAUUUUCCUCUCCAAAGUCAGAUUUUUCUCUGUUGUUUCAGUAUUCAGUUACAUCAGAACAUUGCUGUAACUAACUAUGAUGUUGUAUUACAAUUGAAGUCCAUUUUCUUCUCCAGAGUCAGAUUUUUCUGUUGUUUCAGUAUUCAGUUACAUCAGAACAUUGCUGUAGUUAACUAUGAUAUUUUUAAAUAGAUCAACUUCCUGGGAAAUUUGUAAAACAUGUCAGAGAUGAUGCAGUAAGUUUAAUUGUAUCUUUUCUUUCUCAAUUAGAUAACAGUCAAAUUUGAUAUUGAUUAGUAUGAAACCUGAAGUUUAUUUUAAUGUAUUUAUUGUUUUUUCUGUUAAUCAAAAAUUAUAUCUUACAUAAAUUUCUGUUAUGUUGUAGUAGUAAUGUGACUAAAAUUUUUAAAAAAGAAGAAAUUCUCACAUGGUGACGUUGUCGCAACAUCCACAUAUUGUUCAUGAAAUUAUACCAAGUGUUGCAGAAUUUGGCAAGUUCAUAUUAAAUAUGAAAUUAAAAUUCAGAAUUUUUUUAAUUUCAGUUCAAUUUUGCUUUGGUGUGGCAUUAAAAAACUACCAUAAACUUUGUGUCAUAAAAAUUGCUAGCCAUUUUGUACCAUAACUUAAGCUGUUUUAGCAGACUGCAUUUGCUUCCAGAAACAAACAUUUUUUUUCAGUGUGGAUGUCAAUAUGUUAUGUACACAAUUCAGAGUUACUCACUUUGUUAUUUAUACAUUAUAAUGGAGCAAAAGAACUUGUUCUGCAAGUGUUAUUAGCUUCUGUGUGAUCUCAUAACUUCUGCUACGCAUGGAUGAUGCAAAAUAAUAAUGUCUUAUGAUUUUUCUGUAUAUUUUCUAAUGUGAAAGUCUCAGCACUUACUCUGGUACUUGGGCUCGUAUAUUAAAUUAAGUACCAUUUGUGAACCCAAAAUUCAUGUUCAAGUUUUUCUGCAGACACACUAUUUUUGUAACAUUUUAAACUUUUGUACCAUUGUAUAUACAAGUACUUCAAAGAACACAGUGCCUGAAUAGUUGUAACUAGUUCAUCCUGUUUAUUAGAUAUAUUUUGUACUAAAACAUUUUUACAGAUUCUAAAAGUAAUAAAUUGUUAUUAAAACGUAAUUUAUUCAAGA